AGACAUCUCACAUCUCUUCUGCUACGGAAGCGGCUGCAGGUAUGGACGUGUGUCUGAGCCCCGAGCAGCAGCCCGGGCGCCUGCGGGAAGCACCAUGCACCCCAGAUGGCUGCUUGGAGCCGGCAGUGGAGGGGUCUCUCCAGGAGGAUGGCACCGGGGGACACCCAGGAGAUUCUAACGAGAUAGAACCAUCUCUUCAUAGCCUCCAGAAAUUUGUUCCUACAGAUUAUGCCAGCUACACUCAGGAACAAUACCUGUUUGCAGGCACGAAGAUUGUUAUCCAAGAAUCAAUAGAGAGCUACGGAGCCGUGGUGUGGCCAGGGGCUAUGGCUUUGUGUCAGUAUUUGGAGGAACACACAGAAGAACUCAAUCUCCAAGAUGCUAAAAUACUUGAAAUCGGUGCUGGACCAGGCCUUGUGUCCAUCGUGGCCAGUAUUUUAGGGGCUCAAGUCACAGCAACGGAUUUGCCUGAUGUCCUAGGAAACCUUCAGUAUAAUCUUUUGAAGAACACAGUAAAGCGUACGGCACAUCUGCCGGAAGUGAGAGAACUGGUUUGGGGAGAGAGCCUGGAGCAGCACUUCCCCAAGUCAACGUUUCAUUACGACUACGUUCUGGCCUCGGAUGUGGUUUACCACCACUACUUCCUGGACAAGCUGCUCACCACCAUGGUGUACCUUUGUCAGCCAGGCACGGUGUUGCUUUGGGCAAACAAAUUCAGGUUCAGCACCGAUUACGAAUUCUUAGAUAAAUUCAAGCAAGUUUUUGAUACAACACUCUUGGCUGAAUUUCCAGAGUCAUCAGUCAAAGUUUUCAAAGGAAUACUAAAAUGGGAUUAAAUUAAACAAAAUGCCUUUCAAAACAUUCAGUGUCUUUUGAGCAGUGUUGGAAACUGUACUGUCAACAAAAGACUGUGAGAUCGAGAAGGUAGUGCAUACCUAGAAUAAGCAUAGUUUAAUAUUCUGGCAUCUUUCUAAAAUAACCCAUUUAAGAUUAUUUUAGGCCAAUCUAAAUAUCUACAAUGAAUAAUAUGAGAACAUAAAAGUAGCUGUGCUGGUUUCCAAAAACUCUCAAUUGUUCAAUAAACUUUACAUGUAUAAAUUUGUAAACAAGUGGAUUUCCCCCGUUAUUUCCACUGUGAAUUUGUUAACACACGUUUGUCACAGGCUUUUAAAACUGAGGCUGAUAGGAUCCUUCUAUCUGUUUUAUAGAUUUUAGCUGUAGCAAAAGGAAUGGCUACUGAGUGAUGAAACCAGUAACAGGCUUACCAUUGAUUAAAAGUGAAAAAUACGGGAAUGGAACCGGAAUAAGGAAAUGGAUACUGUCUUAGGAACUUCCUGAGAAUCCACUCUAUGGAUACUCUGCUUCUGUGCCAAUGAAUUGGCCGGACCAUUUCAAGUUAGAUGUCUGGAUUGUCUGUUUCCCACACACACAAAUUUACGAUUAGUUUCUAGAAAAGUAGGAAAGAAUCAAAUUUUUGUCCCGAUAAAAGAAGGCUACAAAAAAAAUCUAAAACAAACAUCACGAUUAUAAAAUGUUAAAAGCUUCUUCUCUGAUAAGGGAAAAAAAUUAAAAAUCCAGCUACCACCGUUUCUCAUGCUAGAGGCUUUGGGCAAUGUAGGAAAGCAGAGGAAGAACACGCACAUUUAGAAUGGAAGGGAUGCUAU